GUCCGACUACAGCCACCUGUCAUCUACCAGUAGUGAGCUUUCCCUAGAAGAGGCCCAAGACCCUUUCCUGGUGAGCAUCCACAUCAUCGCAGACCCAGGCCAGGCCCAGCCGCUGCAGGAGGCUAUCGACAAGGUCUUGGCUUGGAUCCACCCUGACCUUCCGCUGUUCCGCGUGUCGGAGAGGCGAGUGGGCCGCAGGCGGCGGAAGACCCCCAAAGGCGCACAGCCGGCGCUGGCCGUGGUGCUGUUCCUGCAGGAGGAGUACGGGGAGGAGCAGAUCCUCCAGCUGCACCGCACGCUGCAGCGCCCGCCCUGGCGCCACCACCACACAGAGCGCGUGCACGGCCGGUUCCUGCCCUACCUGCCCUGCAGCCAGGACUUCUUCACCCUGGCCCCCGGGACCCCGCUGUGGGCCAUCCGGCCUGUGCACUACGGCAAGGAGAUCGUGCGCUUCACCAUCUACUGUCGCCACGACAGCUAUGCAGACAGCCUUCGGUUCUACGAGCUGAUCCUGCGCCGGAGCCCCAGUCAGAGGAAAGCGGACUUCUGCAUCUUUCCCAUUUUCUCCAAUCUGGAUGUGGACAUCCAGUUCUCCCUGAAAAGACUGCCAUGUGAUCAGAGCCCGGUGCCCACCGACUCCUCCGUGCUGGAGUUCCGAGUGAAGGACAUUGGGGAGCUGGUGCCUCUCCUGCCCAACCCCUGUAGCCCCAUCAGUGAGGGGCGCUGGCAGACAGAGGACCACGACGGCAACAAGAUCCUUCUGCAGGCACAGAAGGUGCACAAAAAGUUUACCAAGCCCAGCAGGGCACACCACUCCUCUGAGAAGCAGCCUCAUUCUACCCUUUCAACGAGUGCCACCGCGCCGAGCCACACACCGGGCAGCAGCCAGCCAAUGCUGUGUGACAGCCCUUUCCUGGGCCCCAGCCAGCUGGACUCGCCCGCCGGACACCAGCAGGAAUGUGCCAGACAAGCCAGAAGCACCCCAAGCCCUCCCUGGUCUUUCCCGAGAAGCAAGUCCUUAUUUUGUUUGCCCACAGUGGGCCCCACUCCAGCCUCCUGCACUGAACCACAGUGGUCUUCAAACACAGGUCCCACAGGCCAAAGGGUGUCCGAACAUAGGCAUGGCCAGCUCCUCUCCAUUGACGACUUAGAAGGGGCCCAGGAGACAGACGUGGACACAGGCUUGCGGCUGUCCUCCUCGGACCUAUCUGUGGUCUCUGCAUAUUCUGCACCCAGUCGGUUCUGUGGCACAGCGGAGAAGGCCCACUCCCCUGAAGGAUACAUCGGCCACUGGGCAUCACACAAGGGUCCCAGAGAAGGGCCACUGCCCACUGGCAGCGGCAUAACCACAGAGGCUUCCUGGGUUUCUCUACCUUUUGUACCCAAAAGGUCUUCCAGCUCCUUCGUGACAGCUGUCUCUGCUCCUGCUCCCCUGACCUCCAAGGCCUCCUCUCUCACAGAGUCAUCCCCCGAAGUCCCUAGUGAUGCUCCCAAAGCCACACUGACUGGUCAAGAUGUGCCACCACCCACGGCAAUGGCUGAUCGUGGGGAUAAUGACGUGGAGGAGUUCUACAUCUGAGCAUUUCUUGUUUCAUGAGCACAUUCAGACUCAGGUCCCGCCGCCCCUGUGCCCUCUGAACACACCAGUGUACUGUACUUAGCCUUCAACUCGGGGACUGUGUGGAACUUCAUCAUCCAUUUCAGGGGAAUGAUUUGCACACUGGCCAUGCUACUGCUCUUAGCUGAAAGGUAGUACAUUUCUAGAGAGUCCAUGAAAAUACUGACAUUUUUAUGCAAAUAAAUCCCCACAAAUUUAAGUCAGAAAAUAUAUUUUUGAAUACUCAUCUUGAAACAUGGUCUAGUGCCCUUACACAAUUUAAAUGUGUCCUAUAAUUAUUUGAAAUGAAAAGAAAACCUAGACAGCUAGAGCUGAUCUGGCAAUUUUUCAUGCUGUGAAAGAAAAAUAGUUAAAGCCAAAAUGUGGGAAAGAUACUAAGUAACUUGCAUGAGAGAGUAGUGCACAAGAACAGAAUUAGUCCCUGCCUGGUUCUCUAGGUACUCGUAUAGUUACAUUACCAGGGGACAGUGACCCAAGGGAUUUUCAAGUCAUGCUUACAGUGGAAAAGCCAGGUGCUAAGACAGCUGUCAGAAUACAUCAGACUUCAGAGCACCUUACUGAGUCCAUCAACAUCUGAAAAUCUAAAUUUACGCAAAAGUGGAUUUAUGCAAAAUCUUUGUAAAGAUUCAGCAUGAGUAACAGAUUUCUGGUACAUAUAAAAUAUGCUGAGUUCCAAAAUCUAAAUUUGUAUACACCUUUCAACAACACAUCCCUAUAAUCAAUGAAGAGCUACAGAAGACAACUCCACUCUCUGGACUGACUUGGGUCACUGAGGAGGAUUCAUUCCGUGGAGUUACAGAAUACGUUAUUAGGCAUCGUGGGUAGACAGGCUUAUAAUUCUUUAUCUUUGAAAAGCACAAUCUAAGGGCUACAUAGAUCUCUGUAUAUAAAUAAUAAGGAUCACAUUUCAUACUGCUUUCUCCCAGUAAACGUGCACAGCCAUACAUCCUGUGGCUUUCCUUUUGAAAUGACUUGGAACAUUUUAGCUGGCAUUUUGAUUGCACAAAUGAACAAAUGUCUCCUUUCCCCAAAAUGGGAAACCACACAAAAUGCUCUCCUGAAUGCACACUGGUGCACUGCUAGCCUGGCACAAGUGCACAGGAGCCUUAAGUAAAGCUCGUGCUUUAGCCUGACCUUGGCUCUCCCUGUCCGUUGUCUGCUUCUGUCACACGUGAAUGGCAUUGAAAUCCCCUGGUAAGGGCAUGUUUACAACUCCAUCCUCAGCCAUAUGAAGUGCUAGCCUCAGGGCCACCGCCAGGCUGUCCCUGGAUGCCGUUUGUCUUUGGGGAAGAACAUGGAUCUGCAUUGUUCAUUUCCCAGCCCGGUGCUCCUUGACUAAAUUGCUCAUGGCCCAAUUUUCAUUUCUCUGGAAGGGCCCACACCAGCUCAGACACAGCCCCAGAGUCCUUCCUGCCAGGGCAUCCCUACAGCCUCAGGUCUGCCAUCUUUGUAAUGAGAGCCUUAGAUCCUCCAUCCCACAUCCUGGACUUCCCAAGACUUGGAAUUGUAAUAUUCUGCUCCAGUGGAAAUAAAUGAAAAUAUGGCCUUUUCUAGUUCUGGUCUUGGAGUAAAAAACUUUUCCUGGAAAGGGCUAUAUAAUAUCUUAAACGUUGUCAAUCAUGUUUUAAACUUUGUCAGUCUCUGUUGCAACUGCUGCUAUUAUAGCACAAACAAUAAAAUGUAAAGGAAUGAGCAUGA